AAUUACCCCUUCAGUUCCGCCCAGUGGACUCCGCUAGGUUGGCAUCGCUUAGGUGUGCGCAUGCGCCCAAGCACUUCUGCCUUUCGGAUCGUCCCUAGCCUUAGACCCGGACUCUGCGCACGCUCAAAGAGCUCUCCCGCUUCUCAUCGCUCUACCACCUCCCUGCGCUUGCGCAUUCAUGCCGCCAGACUUUCCUUUUCCGGGUCCUGACUAGACUAGUCGGGCGCAUGCGCUACUGCAGGUUGGCGGCUCGCGGCUCCUUCUUCCGGCCUCCCCCUUGGGCCGGCUCCCGUAAAAGCGGGGCGAGCGCAGAGUCAGAAGCGAGUGACCUGUGACCCCGGAAGUGGACCUCAGGGUCCCGGGGUUCUCCCCGGGCCGGAACCGAGGGAGCCGUCGCCUGCACCUCUGGAGCACCUACCCCACGCCCACCUCUGGAUGCCGUCGACGGGUGCCCGGCCCGUGCCCCGCGCCUACCUGCCGGCCCGACCCUUGGGAGCAGUUCUGGGCCAGGGUUGGGGGCCAGGACCCCGCCCCUGAUGCGGCUCCACCCCCGCGCCUGGGUCUCACACCGCUGACUGCCCCAGCCGGCCCCGCCCCCUGCCCGCACCCUCGCUCCACAGACCCCUCUCCCCCGCUGGGGGAGACCAUGGCGUGAGCGCGAGCCCCGGCCCCGGGGCCUUCGGGCGCCAGGAGGGGCAUGGGCCGGGGUCCGCCCCCAUGAGGGUCCCGGGAGUGGGGCGCGCGCAGCAGCGGCGGGGCCAUGGGGUCGCAGGUAUUGCAGAUCCUGCGCCAGGGGGUGUGGGCUUCGCUCACCGGCGGUUGGUUCUUCGACCCGCACCAGAGCACUUUCUCCAACUGCUUCCACCUUUAUGUCUGGAUCUUCCUGCUCACCUUUCCUUUCUUGCUGUACAUGGUCCUGCCCCCGAGCUUGAUGGUGGCUGGUGUAUACUGCCUUGUGGUGGCUGUCAUCUUCGCUACCAUCAAGACUGUGAACUAUCGGCUGCAUGCUAUGUUCGACCAGGGCGAGAUUGUGGAGAAGCGCAACUCUACCAUGGGGGAGCCAGAGGAAGAGCCUGCCCAGGGGGACAGCAAUCUGCCCAGGGACCCUGGAGUGGAGAUGACAGUGUUUAGGAAAGUGAGUUCCACACCCCCUGUACGUUGUAGCUCUCAGCAUUCUGUGUUUGGCUUCAACCAGGUCUCGGAGUUGCUGCCCCGAAUGGAUGACUCUGGGCCCCUCAGAGACAUCAAGGAGCUGGUGCGGGAGCAGGGCAGCAACAACGUGAUUGUGACCUCAGCCGACCGAGAGAUGCUGAAGCUAAGCUCACAGGAGAAAUUGAUUGGAGACCUUCCCCAGACGCCCCCAGGGGCUGCCCCAGACCCAUCUCUCCCCAGCACAGACUCAUCAGAACGGUCUCCCUUGGCUGGAGAUGGAACCCCCUGGAGUGGGAGCAGUGUAGCUGACACUCCCAUGAGCCCCCUGCUGAAGGGGAGCCUCAGCCAGGAGCUGAGCAAGAGUUUCCUGACCCUGACCCGGCCUGACCGGGCCCUGGUGAGGACCAGCAGUCGACGGGAACAACGCCGGGGAGCAAGCGGCUACCAGCCCCUGGACCGGCGGGGCUCAGGCGAGCCCACACCCCAGAAAGCCGGCUCCUCAGAUUCCUGCUUCAGCGGCACUGACAGGGAGACACUGAGCAGCUUCAAGAGCGAGAAGACCAACUCGACCCACCUGGACAGCCCCCCUGGUGGGCAAGCUCCCGAAGGCAGCGACACAGACCCACCUUCUGAGGCUGAGCUGCCCGCCUCACCUGAUGCCGGAGUCCCCUCAGAUGACACACUGCGUUCCUUUGACACAGUCGUAGGAGCAGGGACACCACCAGGCCCAGCAGAGCCGCUCCUGGUUGUGCGGCCCAAGGACUUGGCCUUGCUGCGGCCUAGCAAACGGCGGCUGCCCAUGCGAAGACAGUCCCCUGCUGGCCGUGCCCCUCGGCGGCCGCUGCUUGAAGGCGGGGGAUUCUUCGAGGAUGAUGACACCAGCGAGGGCAGUGAACUGAGCCCGGCCUCCAGCCUCCGAUCCCAGCGCCGCUACAGCACUGACAGCUCCUCUUCCACGUCCUGCUAUUCCCCCGAGAGCUCUCGGGGUGCAGCAGGAGGGCCCAGAAAACGACGGGCCCCCCACGGGGCUGAGGAGGGGACUGCUGUGCCCCCCAAGCGGCCCUAUGGGACCCAGCGGACGCCUAGUACGGCCAGUGCCAAAACACAUGCCCGCGUGCUGAGCAUGGAUGGGGCCGGGGGUGAUGUCCUCAGGGGCCCCCUGGCUGGCUCCAAGGCUGAGCUGGAGGCCCAGGCCGGGGUGGAGCUGGCUGCUGGUGAGCCUGCUGUGCUGCCUGCUGAGGCCCGUAGGGGACCUGCUGCCAACCAGCCUGGCUGGAGGGGGGAGCUGCAGGAGGAAGGUGCUGUGGGGGGAGUUACCGAAGAGACUGGCAAGCGGGACCGCUCGAGCAACGUAAGGCGGACUCAGGCGAUUCGGAGGCGUCACAAUGCCGGCAGCAACCCCACCCCCCCAGCCUCUGUCAUGGGCUCACCACCCAGCAGCCUGCAGGAGGCUCAGCGGGGCCGGGCUGCCUCCCACUCCCGGGCGUUGACACUGCCCUCUGCCCUGCACUUCGCCUCCUCGCUGCUGCUCACCCGAGCUGGAGCCAAUGUGCACGAGGCCUGCACCUUUGAUGACACUUCCGAGGGUGCUGUCCAUUACUUCUACGACGAGAGUGGUGUGCGGCGUUCCUAUACCUUCGGACUGGCCGGAGGGGGCUACGAGAACCCUGUAGGGCAGCAGGGGGAGCAGGCAGCCAAUGGAGCUUGGGACCGCCAUUCACAUUCCUCCAGCUUCCACUCAGCUGAUGUCCCUGACGCAGCAGGAGGCCUGAACCUGCUGCAGCCACGGCCCGUGGUCCUGCAGGGCAUGCAGGUGCGCCGAGUGCCCCUGGAGAUCCCGGAGGAGCAGACGCUGAUGGAGGAAGCGCCACCCCGGGCCCAGCACAGCUACAAGUACUGGCUUCUUCCUGGUCGCUGGACCUCUGUGCGCUAUGAGCGACUCGCUCUGCUGGCCCUGCUGGACCGGACUCGGGGGCUGGUGGAGAACAUCCUCGGUGUCGGCCUGAGCAGCCUUGUCGCCUUCCUGGGCUACCUGCUGCUGCUCAAGGGCUUCUUCACCGACAUCUGGGUCUUCCAGUUCUGCCUGGUCAUCGCCUCCUGCCAGUAUUCCCUGCUGAAGAGUGUCCAGCCUGAUGCCGCAUCUCCCAUGCAUGGCCACAACUGGGUGAUCGCGUACAGCCGGCCCGUCUACUUCUGCAUCUGCUGUUUGCUCAUCUGGCUGCUGGACGCCCUGGGCUCAGCUCAGCCCUUCCCGCCCGUCUCCCUCUAUGGCCUCACACUCUUCUCUGCCUCCUUUUUCUUCUGUGCCCGUGAUGUGGCCACUGUGUUCACCCUGUGCUUCCCAUUCGUCUUCCUCCUGGGCCUCCUCCCCCAGGUCAACACCUGCCUCAUGUACCUGCUGGAACAGAUAGACAUGCACGGCGUUUGGGGCACGAGGCCAGCCCGGGGCCCGCUCCUGCGCAGUGGCAGCGAUGCGGGCGAGGCCCGGCCCCCCACGCCAGCCAGCCCCCGCGCCCGUGCCCACAGCCAUGAGGAGGCCAGUCGCCCCACUGCGCCCCCUGCCCGGGUCUUCACUGACCCGCUGGCACUGCUGGGGCUGCCAGCCGAGGAGCCAGAGCCCGCCUUUCCCCCAGUGCCCGAGCCCCGCUGGUUCGCCCACUAUGAUGUGCAGAGCCUGCUCUUUGACUGGGCUCCAAAGCCAUGGGGGACAGGGGGCCAUGCAGAGGCUGGCUCUGGGACCCCAGCCUUGGCUCAGGACCACAUGGCCAGCUCAGACCUGCUGCUCGAAGCCCCUGGCUUUGUGAGUGAGCUUGGGGGUGAGGGCGAGCUGGGCCUGGGUGGACUGGUGUCUCCACCUGUGCCCCCUGCCCUGCCCAAUGCAGCUGUGUCCGUUCUGGAGGAGCCUCAGAACCGCACCUCGGCCUACAGCCUGGAGCACGCAGACCUGGGCGCUGGCUACUACCGCAAGUACUUCUAUGGCAAAGGUGAGGGGAGGGCCGCAGGGGAGAGCCAGAGGUCCCUGUCACCUGCAGUGAGCUGUCCUUUCCCUGUCAAAUCCCUGGUCACAGGAAGGGUCAGGCUCUGCCUCUGGGCCAAGGCUGCCCAGCUUUACCCACCUCCCUAAGGCCAACCCCAGCUUCCACCCACAGCCGGG